AUGGCUCCCGAUACCACAUCCAUCCCCGGCUACACCAUCUUCCGGGAAGGGGACUAUGACAGCGUUGCAGCCACGGCCAUGCUGCCGCAGGGCACCCCGCACCCUCUCGAUCAAUUAUCCAUCAAGGAAAUCCCCGAGGUCGCCAAGAUAAUUCGCGAGUACGCCAAGCCUAACACCCUCAAGUUCAACUGCAUCACUCUGCGCGAGCCCCGCAAGAAUGAGUACAUUGCUUAUCGCUCGGGUACUGCCCCGAUCCCGGACCGCCGGGGUUUUGCGAUCGUCAUCGUGCGCGAGACGCAACAAGUUGCCGAGGUGCUGGUCAACCUCAAGACUGGCAAGGUCGAAAACUGGAAGGACGUCCACGAGGUGAUGCCCACUCUGACCCUCGAGGACCUGGACGUCAUGGAGCGCAUUUCGCGCGCGGAUCCCCGUGUCAUCCGUGCUUGCAACGAGCUCGGCAUCACCGAUAUGUCCAAGGUGUUCAUCGACGCAUGGGCCAUCGGUAUCGACGAGCGCUGGGGCUUCGAUCGCCGCCUGCAGCAGGGUCUUGUCUACUACCGUACCUCCGAGUUCGACAACCAGUACGCCCACCCGCUGGAUUUCAGCGUUGUCGCCGACACCGAGCGCGAGGAAGUGCUCAGCGUUGACGUGCGCACGGUCAACGGCGAGCGCACUGGCGUCCCACUCAAGGAGCACAACUAUCUCCCUGAAUUCAUUGGUGAUGGCUACAAGCACGACCGACUCAAGCCCAUUGACAUCACUCAGCCGCAGGGUGUCUCCUUCAAGCUGCGCGGUAACGAGAUCUCCUGGGCCGGCAUGAAGAUGCACAUCGGCUUCAACUACCGCGAGGGUAUCGUCAUCUCAGACGUCCGGACCCACGACAUGUACGAGGACCGCGAGCGGACGCUUUUCAACCGUAUCAGUGUCGUCGAGAUGGUCGUUCCUUACGGUUGCCCCGAGAAGCCCCACCACAAGAAGCACGCUUUCGACGUCGGCGAGUACGGUACUGGUCUGAUGACCAACUCGCUGAAGCUGGGUUGCGAUUGUAAGGGCGCCAUCCACUACAUGGACGGUGUCAUGUCGAACGGCAACGGUGAAGCUGCCGUGAUCAAGAAUGCCAUCUGCAUCCACGAGGAGGACAACGGUCUGCUCUACAAGCACACUGACUACCGUGACGGCACCGUUGUGUCUGCCCGUGACCGCAAGCUCAUCAUCUCGCAAAUCAUCACCGCCGCCAACUACGAGUACGGCUUCUACCACACCUUCACCCUCGACGGCACCUACAAGCUCGAGAUGAAGCUGACUGGCAUGCUCAACACCUACUGCAUGCACCCCACCGAGACCGCUGCCCCGUACGGCACGGAGGUUGCGCCUCAAAUCAACGCCCACAACCACCAGCACCUGUUCUCCCUGCGCAUCGAUCCCGAAAUCGACGGACCCAACAACACUGUCGUGCAAAGCGACGCCGUCUCCUCCGAGUACCCCGUCGGGUCCCCCGAAAACCCGUACGGCAACGCCUUCUACAGCAAGAAGACUCCCCUCCGCACCUCGCUCGAGGGCGCCGCCGACUACUGCUUCGAGACCAACCGGACAUGGGACAUCAUCAACCCCAACCGGAUGAACGCAAUCGCCAAGAAGCCCAUUGGCUACAAGAUCAUCAACAAUAACUGCCCGCCCAUGCUGGCGAAGCCAGGCAGCACGGUGUGGAAGCGCGCUGGCUUCGCGCGCAAGCCUCUGUGGGUUCUCCCCUACAAGGACGACGAGCUGUUCCCUGCAGGCGACUACGUGUGCCAGUCAACCGGCGAGGAGAACCACCCGCACAACCCGACGAUUGUCGACUGGGCCAACCGCAAUGAGAACAUCGAGAACACCGAUAUUGUCUGCUACCUCCAGUUUGGACUCACGCACUUCCCUCGCACGGAGGACUUCCCCAUCAUGCCCGCCGAGCCCGUGAGCAUCAUGCUCCGCGCGUCAAAUUUCUUCGAGAAGAACCCCGGUCUCUGGGUGCCGCCGUCUGCUAUCUGUGUUGAUACCCAGUCGCGGAAUGCGUUCUCAAGUUCUUGCUGUGCGGCUAAUGCGCCGGCUAGCAACUCGAGACUGUAA